CGGCCACGCUACCCGACAACACUGGGAGCUGCAUUCUCCGUACUUCUCCUUCUCUCCCUCCACGGCGCACAAAUUCCGGUUUUAUCAGGAGUUAAAGCCAGAGACGUCAAGGGGCUCUUGCCCUUGAUGGUGCUAAUGGUGAUUGUCUUCUUGCUGCUCCUGCUCUGGGAAAAUGAGUUGACUGAGAACGUCAUGCUGACAUCCAUAGAGCAUUUACACGUGGACUACCCUCAGAACACGGUCCCCCUGCGGUACUGCAACUAUAUGAUCCUACAGAGAGUCAUCCGGGAACCUGACCACACGUGCAAAAAGCUUCACGUCUUCAUCCACGAGAGGCCACAGAAAAUCAACAGCGUCUGCACAUCCUCCAAGAAGAAGAGCUGCCCAAACUACUCGGAGAUUUUCUGCUUCCAGAGUGAGACGAGAUUCAGAAUGACAGUCUGUCAGCUCAUUGACGGCACCAGAUACCCCGCCUGCAGGUACCACAUCUCCCCUAUAGAGGGGUUCAUCCUUGUCACCUGUGAUGACUUAGGACCAGUUAAUUUUCAGGGGUACAUUGAAUGA